CCGCACCGCCUGCAAACACACACAAAACAAAAAUGCGCGAGAGCGAGCGCGUGUGGGGAGCCCAGGGAGUCUCCUGUUGCGAAGACCUCUGCAGCAUCAGGGACGGAGAGCAAUAAAAAUUAUUAUUGCUGUUGCGACGACGGGCGGGGUACGAGAAGUGGAAGCAAAGGUGUGCUUGUUGCGUGGACACGAUAGGAGAUUCAUAUGCUGCAGCCAUGAACCCUGUGGGUUACGCGCCUCUUCGCGGUCUUCCCCUAGGGGCCAUGUUUUCGCUGGUGGUUGUCUUGGCGGGGUCGGUUGCUUCUGCCGCCACAGUCGGCAGCAUUUCGGCGCGGACUACUAGCGGCAACGCCGGUCUCCGCUCAGGCAAGGCAUGCGAUCCCGGGGACGCUGACUGCUUCGGAGACGAAAGAGACGACUCCAGCUUCCUCGGCUUCGCAUGCAUCUGUUGCAUGUUCUUGCUGUUUGUGGUGUUUCGCACCUUGCGGGUUGCUACGAUGUGGGCGAGGGUACCAGAACUAUUGUACAAGGCGCGGGAGCUAAAAAGUGCAAGGGAGAACACCGAAUCCUCCGCGGUUGUAGGGGGAGAUUGGAGAGGGGUCAGCAAAAGUGGAGGCUUGACUUGAGCACGCACAUGUGUUGCUUGUGACCAAGCGGAGGGGGCAGCAUACUGCAGUAGCGUGGCGUAGCAGGGGCCAGGACCUUGCGAUGUUGGAAAGGAUCCCGGAAGCGAGAGAUAGAUCCAGGGGGAGUGGAAGACGAACAGUCAGAGCUUUGUGUCUCUUGGAAGAAAAACGUUGUACAACAACGCGCAUGGCGUGGCGGGGCUCGGUCUUGUCCAGGGUAACCCUCCGCAGCACGUUCUUUGGCGGAUGAAGGCGGGAUGCCCUUCGUUACGAUUUUCUGCACCAAGACGGGUGCGUUUGUACGUGCGGGUCUUCCUUAUUUCAGUUGGAUUGUAGACCUUUAUUUGGUGUAAUGUAGUUUGGAGGGGUGGAAAGGAGGGAUUUGAUCCAUCAGGCUGUUAUUUGGAGCUUGGACGGUGUCGUCGAUUCCUUUUUUUUUUGUGAGAGAUUGCAUGUGAAGCUCUUCUUCCAAAUAAUCCGGGGUGCGGAGAGGGGCCCACCUGGUCGAGUGGAGAAACCUGACGAUGACCGACCCUCAACUUGAUAGGGUUGCGAGCGGUGUAGCAAAUUGUUUGUGGUGGUCGUGGUGCUCCUGCAGCGUCAGUAGAGGCCGAGACAUAGGAUCCAAGCUGGAGCGAUGGAAGGCUUUCAGCUUCUUUUUUUUGUGGGGCUGCUUUUCGGGCGCGGCAUGUUUGUUCUUCCUUUGCUCCACAUACGCAGGCGCUUAAAGUAAAAAAAUGCUAUUCUCAAAGUGGUAGAGUACAUGUAGCUCUCGGUAAUUUUUGUUCCUUCUGCCCUUUUUUCAGCGUGUGUUCGACCGGGGAUAGUCGCUUCCCGCUGUUGAAGAGAAAUGGAGCAAGACCUGCUGGAGAUAACCCUUUCUACUUUGGAGGGAACAACGAAAGCGCAUCAACAACCAAGACCACAGCCAGUGCCAGUGCCCGCCCUCUUGAGAAAUGCGAGAGAGUCAGGUUGGCGUUCUAAAAACUGACAAAAACGCCGAGGUUGAAGGUGCGAGUGCAAUUCUAGGUCAGGCCCUUUAAACGCACGAUUACGCUGAAACUUGUUUUUUGUAGCCCG